AUGACGAGUGAACCAUUAAACACAUUUAAUAUAUUCAAUGUGAAUCCAGACCCUAAUGAAAUUUUAUCAAAGAAGAAAUUACAUGAUACAGAAGGAAAAGUCAAUUUAAUAAAACUAUUUAAAUAUUCAGAUUGGAUAGAUUUGAUUUUAUUAAUCAUUGGAAUUAUAAGUUCAAUAGGAAAUGGAAUAAUGCAACCACUCAUGAUGGUUUUAGUAGGGGAUAUGGUUGAUAAUUAUAAUUAUACUUCAGAAAAUAAUAGUAUGAUAGAUGAAGAAGUUAAUCAUAUGAUUGUUGAAGAAGUAAAAGAAUCAGUGAAUAAAGUAGUUGUGAAGAUGGUAUAUUUUGGAGUAAUAAGUAUGGUAUUAAGUUUUAUGAGAACAUUUUCAUUAUUUGUAGUUUCCCAAAGAGAAGGAAUUAGAGUAAGAAAAUUAUAUUUUAAGUCAUUAUUAAGACAAGAUGCAACAUGGUAUGAUUUCCAAGAAUCAGGAGAAUUAACAACAAGAAUAGCAACAGAUAUUAAAAAUUUUCAAGAUGGAAUUGGUCCAAAAUUUGGAAUGAUUUUUCAAAUAUUCUCAAUGACUAUUACAGGUUAUAUUAUUGGAUUUAUUAAAUCAUGGGAUCUUGCAUUAGUUGUGUUGGCAACAGUUCCAUUAUCAUGUUUUUCUUUCACAGGUUUUCAAAUGGUUGCAAUGAAAUAUGAAACAAAAGCAUUAAGUGUGUUUGGAGUAGCUGGUAGUAUUGCAGAAGAAACAAUAGGAAAUAUUAGAACAGUUCAAUCAUUAAAUCAAGAACAUAAAUUUAGUGAAGAAUAUGAAGAAAAAAUAAAAGAAAAUGAACAUUUUAAUGCAAUUAAAGGACAAUGUUUUGGAAUAGGAUUUGGUUUUAGUACUUUCUUUACGUAUGCUACCUAUGCACUUGGAAGUUGGUAUAGUAAUAUUGCUGUUAGAGGAAAAGGAGGAAGUAAAGGAGUAUCUGCUGGUGAUGUAUUAACAGUAAUACCAGAUAUUGAUUGUCAAUCUACAGUUGGUGAAUGUCCUAAUGAAUGUAAUGGGAAUAUUAAAUUUGAGGAUGUUCAAUUUGUUUAUCCAACAAGACCAUCUCAUCAAGUAUUAAAAGGACUUGAUCUUGAAAUUAAGAAAGGAGAAACAAUUGCAUUAGUUGGAACAUCAGGAUGUGGGAAAUCAACUACUAUUCAAUUAAUUCAAAGAAAUUAUGAUCCAAAUAGUGGAAAAAUAACAAUAGAUGGAAAAGAUAUAAGAGAAUUAAAUAUUAAAUGGUUAAGAAAUCAAAUAGGAUUAGUUGGACAAGAACCAAUAUUAUUUGCAGGAACAAUUCGAGAAAAUAUUAUACUUGGAACAAGAGAAGGAGAAACAUUAAAUGAAGAAGAAGAUGAUUAA